UCUAAAUUAACGUAUAUCGAAUAUAGUGUGAUAUUCCCUGUCGAUUUCUCUUUUGUUGGCUGCUGCCUGCCAGUACAGUGCACCGAAAACGGAAUAGUUUGCAUGAGUGGAUUACAUAAAACAGCUGACCCCCCACGAACAUUUUCCUUUGCAGUGCUAAUUUUGAAACGAAUCUAGUUUUCAGUGACUUUGAAUUUUCUUCUAAUCGAAAAAAGAAACAAUGACAGGCGACAAUUCGGUACAGUAAUCUGCCACGAAAAGCAGUAAUUUUUGUUGUUCUUAAUUUUUUUCGUGACACGUAUUAGCACCAAGAAAACUUUUCGAAGACAAAAGCGCAUCGCAACGCAACAAGAAUGGUGGCAGUCAGCUCAUCAACCACCAACAGUAGCAAGAUGGCACCGAAUGCAACAGUUGAAGCGACCGGAGUGCUGAACGAAGCCGACGCCGAAACCAUCGAUGGGGCCCUGGCGAAAGACAUUACUCCGCUAAAGCGAGCGGAGAAGCGCAAGAUCAAGUUGGUUUGGCGCAACGUGCUCGCCUUCGGUUACCUGCAUCUGGCCGCCGUGUACGGUCUCUGGCUCUUGCUGACAUCCGCCAAGCUGUACACUGUCGCUUUCGCAUUCGUACUGUACGUCAUGUCCGGACUUGGCAUCACGGCGGGCGCCCACCGGCUGUGGGCUCACCGUUCGUACAAAGCUCGGCUACCGCUCCGAAUCAUUCUGGCCCUGUUCAACACGAUCGCCUUCCAGGAUUGCGCCAUGCACUGGGCCCGGGACCACCGGGUGCACCACAAGUACUCGGAAACGGAUGCCGACCCCCAUAAUGCGACCCGUGGUUUCUUCUUUUCGCACGUCGGCUGGCUGCUGUGCCGCAAGCACCCGGAGGUCAUUGCCAAAGGCCGCCAGCUGGACAUUUCCGACCUACAGGCCGACCCGGUGCUGCGGUUCCAAAAGAAAUAUUACAUGAUCCUGAUGCCGCUGGCCUGCUUCAUUCUGCCUACGAUCACACCGGUCUUCUGCUGGGGCGAAACCUGGACCAAUGCAUGGUUUGUUGCCACCCUAUUCCGCUGGACCUUCAUCCUGAACGUGACUUGGCUGGUAAACAGUGCCGCCCACAAGUGGGGUGACAAGCCGUACGAUAGAACCAUCAACCCGGCGGAGAACAAAACCGUAGCCUCGUUCGCGUUCGGCGAAGGCUGGCACAACUAUCACCACGUGUUUCCGUGGGACUACAAGACCGCCGAGCUGGGCAACUACCGGAUGAACUUUACGACCGCCUUCAUCGAUUUCUUCGCCAAGAUUGGCUGGGCGUACGAUCUGAAAACGGUGUCGAGCGAAAUCAUCGAGAAGCGUGUCAAGCGAACUGGCGACGGAACGCAUUCCACCUGGGGCUGGGGUGAUGCCGACCAGGACAAGGACGAAAUUAAGGCUGCCAAAAUCAUCAACCGAAAGGAGGACUAAAAGCGAAGGCAAAAGAUACGAGAGCGUACAAUAACGUAGGGUUGACGAGAGAUAGAAAAGGAGAGAACGCGAUUGAAUGACUGUACAAACUGAGUUACUCUAUACUAGUGGUUAGAAGGAACUCUUUUUUUUUUAUUGAUCCACCUUAUUUUGAACUGCACCAAAAAAGAUACCGGCAAUGAAAGAUUUGUUGUUGAAUGGAAAAUUCAAUGAUUUCCGUAUUGUUUCUCCUUCGGUGGAUCCUAAGAAAUUACAAAAUUAAUGUCUGCGACAAACAGUAACACCUCCUAAUAGGGGAAAAGUUGUAUCCAAGUGUGUCAAUCCAUUAGGGCAAAGAGUGAUCCAAAGGAAUGUGAAAAUUCAAAAUUUUCGAAAUAUGCCUUCUACACAGUUUUUACUACGGCGAAAAUCAACUAGAAGAAUAAAGGCUAAUGAAAAGACCGGCACCAUUCAGCUGGGGUUUAAAACAGUUAGCUUUAAAAACAUUGAAAUCGCCCUAACACGAUACAAAAGAAAACUGACUUUAGCUUUAGUUUGCGUAAUUUAUUGAUCUUAACUAAAUACCUAGGAGAAAACUAGUUUUUUCUCGAAACAUACUUCGUAAGAAAAUUGCUUAUAAACUACGAAAAUGGCAGAGCUGUGAACAAUGAAAUGUUAUAAAAUAUAGGGAUAGACACUCAGGAAGUGUCUCGAGUGAUGAAAGAGAAAAAAUUGUUAUAAAUGAAAUGUUAGAUUGUGUUUGCACUAUACCAUUCGCCAGCCACCAAUUUUGAAGAAUGAUCCCGAGCGAUGAUAGCAAGCGAAUUUUAUUUUUCAUUUUUUUAAGCAGGAUUGAGACUGAUGUUAUGCUGGUAACAGAGCAACAAGGCAUUUUUGAAAAACUUACUUAAAAGUUAGAGAAAAUCCACCGUGUGUUAAUGCAUGAAAAUUAUCAAAACCGCUGCUUCAGGUUCAAGAUAAAGGACGUUUUUUUCUCACAAAAAAGCAGUUGUCCUUGGUUUAUAUCGUGUAAUUAAUUUAGAACAAAACUGAAUCGAAUAUUUAACUAUUCUGCUCCAGCGAAGGAAGGUAUGAAGGAAAAGUGAAGGCUUUCAUUUCUAGACGCUGCUCUUACGAUUUUCGGAGCGCAUAUAGCAAACUUAAUAUUAAUCUAAAUACCACCUAGAAUAGUAGAUACAUUACUGAACGUGAAAAUCUUUUCCAAGUGUCACUAUCUAGCUAAAUGUGUACUACUUGCAAAGCGAAUGGGAAUAAUCCUUUAUGCUUCAUAGAAAUUUAUAUGAAUCCUGAAAAUGGACAAGUCCCAAAUUCAAAGCAAAAACUCACAUUUUUUGGUAAACAAAUAUUUGCUACAA